UUAUUGUUAUCAAUAGAGUAUUCCAUAUUUUUUUAGCUCAUAACGUCACAUUGUUUGUUUUUGCGAAAAGUUCAUAUCAUAACAGAUGGUGGCAGCACAACCCUUCUUGUUUAGUGCCACUCGGUUCAUUCUUUGUGGAACCCUGGUGGAAAAUUGUCUUUGUACACUUGCACACAUAUCAGUGAUCCUUUCUAUCUCUGAUAAAAGUUUUGCAGCAAUGAUUAUUUAUCGCCACUGUUUCAAAUGAAUGCGUUUGCUCAUUUCAGGCACUUAGGAGUUCAUCCUUGUCACCACCGGUCAGACUUUCAGCAGCGGUUUUCAACCCCAGGUCGGUUUCAUCUUCUCCAUCACCCAGACUUGCAUCCCAAAUCGCUUCCGUUCGGCCACCUGUGGGGCAGACCGCCCGGAAAGACAGGGGUCACAAGCCGCCCACCCCUUGGGAAGCUGCCUCACGCCACCCACUGGGGCUCGUAGAUGAAGCCUUUACAUUUCUGGACAUUCAGCAGUCUAUUGCCGCCAACCUGCGCUAUGCCGCUCAGAGUAAGCUCUUACCCGAGCCUCCGGCUGAGUGGAAGGCAAAGGUUGCGUAUGAAUCGCCCAAAAACCAAAAAGACAGUUUAAGUCAAUCAUCUUUGACUUUUCUGUCCCCAACCAAGAGCACAUCAUCGGCACCAGCUGGUCCCGUCCCAUACAGGUCACCCUUUAGACAGUGUCAACCCCAAAGGUCAAUGACGGAGGCUAAUCUCAGGCCUUCACAGGGUGAUCCGAAGGAAAUGGGGCCUCAUAGACUGAGAUUCUAUAAAGCCAAAGAUAGCAGUACAUGGAGACGCUGAAGGAGAGCCGGGAAACCCUUUAUAUAACCAGAGAUGGAUCUAGGGAGGAAAGUUAGCGCACCGAAGGAGAUCAUGUUAGAGGAACUUUCCUUAGCAUCAAACAGGGGCUCCCGUCUGUUCAAGAUGCGUCAGAUGCGCUCAGAGAAAUACACCUUUGAAAGUAUUCAGAAUGAAGCCAACACUCAGCACAAUAUUGAUGCCAUUUCUCUGGGCCCAAGUGCUAAAACGACAAACAUUUUAAAUAAUGAAUGCUGUCUUGGAGAUGACCAGGUACCAAAUACACUCAACCCUGAGACUAUUGCCCCAGGUUACGGUGGUCCCCUGAAGGAUGUUCCAGCAGAGAAGUUCAACUGUACAGCAAUGCCCAGAUCCUACCAGUCGCCCUGGGAACAGGCCCUCAUUAGUGACCCCUCUCUGGCCGAAACGCUGGUCGCCCGCAUGCCUGAACCCCAAACCAGACCAGAGAUUCCUCAAUACAAGAGCUUCAACAGGGUGGCUAUUCCAUUCGGCGGUUUCGGCAAGACACCCAAAGUCCCUGUUAAACCUUUGGAUGUGAACCCCGGCCUCCCAAGUCCCAUGGGCGCAGCACCCGCCGUGGUCAAACGGCCCACCUUCAACAGAACGGCCUCUGGCUGGGUGGCUGACAGCGGCCCUCUGAUGCUUCCCAGCAUCCCCCUUGAGCCCAUUUCAUCCAUGUCUUCCACUUUUAUCCCCGAGUCAGAUGAACUCUGAGUCUCAUCCUUAUCAUUGGGAGCUUGAUUGUCACUGGAAUAUACAUUACUGGUUAAAUGUUUGGACUAAUUAAGAUUUCUUAAUGUUUUUGAAAGAAGCAAGGCUGCAUUUAU